AUGGUGAACCUGGUAGCCGCUCACUGUUCUUUUCUGCAAUGGCUCAUGAAAAUCACGGCCGGGGUGAAACCCUACACAGUAGAGAUACACCCGGAAACACACAUGAGAUUCUGGGUUCCUUCAUAUGCCAUCUCUAGUCCUAACCUCGUUUCCAAGUCCAAGAAGCCAGUAGUAGUUCUCCUCCACGGCUUCUGCGGAGAUGGAAUCAUGACCUGGCAAUUCCAAGUUGCAUCCUUAUCCAAACACUAUGCUGUUUACGUACCAGACUUUCUCUUUUUUGGCGGCUCCUUCACCGACAGUCCUAACCGAUCGCUAGAGUUUCAAGCGGAGUGUUUAGCCGUGGGAUUGGGGAAGCUCAGGGUGGAGAAGUGCGUGCUGGUUGGGUUCAGCUAUGGUGGGAUGGUGGCCUUUAAGAUGGCGGAAAUGUAUCCUGAUAUGGUGCAUGGCAUGGUCAUCUCUGGCGCCGUUGUGGCCAUCAAAGAGUCCAUCAUUAUGGAGAUAGUGAACGGUGUUGGAUUUUCUUCGUGUUCAGAGAUGUUAAUGCCAUCCACUGUUGAUGGAGUCAAGGGCCUUCUCUCUUUAGGGAUUCACAAAAACAUUUCAUUCCCUAAUCGAUUUCACAACGACUUUCUCAAGGUUUGUGCUCAAGUUAUUCAACAAUAA